UCAAAACAUUUUGUUUAUUGUACACUCUAAAACAUUCAAUUUGGCUAUGCAACGCCUCAUUGUUAUUUUUAUUCUGAUGUUCCUUAAUACUUCGAGGGCACAAUCACUCUUCUUGAAUACAAAUGGAUUUUCUGUACCGAACUGCGAUCAUAUUGCUGGUGAACAAUGUUAUUCAAAUAUCGUUUGUGAUGUCAAUGCGAAGUAUCGAACAAUCGAUGGAUUGUGUAACAAUUUGAACGUUCCUUGGUGGGGUGCAGCUAAUACAUCUCAUUUGCGGCAUGUUUACCCUUUUUACGGCGAUGGAAUAUAUAGUUUUCGAAAACAAAUUGAUGGAAGUCCCUUACCUGGCGCCAGGCUUAUAAAUUUAAAACUUUUUUUGAAUAAACAGUUUCCUAGUUGGAAUGAACACAAUACACUUUUUAUGGAGUGGGGUCAGUUUGUGGCUCAUGAUACGACCGAUCUUCCACCAGACCCUUCGAUCACUGGUGGCUGUUGUUUAGUACGAAACAAGUACCCUAUUCAGUGUCAAUAUGUUAUAAACGUUCCUUUAAAUGAUCCAGUUUAUUCAAAAUUUGGUCAGACAUGUAUAAACUUUGUACGCGCUAUAACAAUGGCCAAUAUGAAUAACUGUUCAUCGAUUCCGGCAUCAUUUCCGGUUAUGUCAACACAUUAUAUGGAUGGAUCUCAAAUUUAUGGGUCCAAUAAACAAUUAGCCUCUGAACUUCGAACGUUUCAAGAUGGUCGCUUAAGAUCAGAAUUCAACAGCAAUCAUCAAGAAUUCUGUCCUCAACGUUCUCGAACAUCAUCGCAAUGUGAAUCUUCAUCAGAUUCACAAUUUUGUUUUUUGGCUGGAGAUCGCCGAGUAAACCAAAAUUUGGGAAUUGCAGUUUUUCAAACUAUGUUUUUGAAAUUCCAUAAUGUUAUUGCGCAUAGUUUGCAAACAAUCAAUCCGCAAUGGAAUGAUGAAAAACUAUAUCAAGAAACUCGCAGAUUUAUCAUCGCUACUAUUCAGCAUAUAAAUUACGCUUAUUAUUUGCCUAUACUUCUUGGCAAAGAUUUCACAGCGAAACGUGGUUUUAAUAAGCCCGCUGUAUACGAUGAAAAUCUUGACCCUUCUACAGCCCAAGAACAUUCAACUGGCGCUUUUAGAGUUUUACACAAAGAAAUCCCUGAAUUUUUCAAUUUAAUAAGCAAAAAUAUGCAUAAUGUUCAACAUGCUGUAAUUACCGAAUGGUUGGACAAACCAGAUUUAUUGCCUUAUAACGAUAACUAUGACAAUAUGAUACGUGGUCUAAUGGAAAGCUCUACACGCCAAGAGCAACCAUCGUACAAUCCAUUAAUAUCAAACAAUUUAUUUUUAAAGACUAAACCAAAAUUUUCGGGAAAUGAUCUUCUAGCAAUAGAUAUUCAAAGAGGACGGGACACUGGUAUGCCUCCGUAUAAUACAAUGAGAUCCAUCUGUGGAAUACCGGCAGCUUCAUCGUUUGAUGAUUUACUUGACUUAAUACCAUACGAUGAUGUACAAAAGUUGAAAGAACUUUACUUUUCUGUUAAUGAUAUCGAUUUCAUGGUAGGUGCACUUUUAGAAAUACCAGCUAAAGGAGCUAAAGUAGGCCCUACAUCCAGAUCAAUACUAGCCGAAAGUUUUUACCGUUACAAGAACGGGGAUCGUUUCUUUUACGACGUUCUAGGACAACCAGGCAGUUUUACGUCGGAGCAAUUAAAAGUAAUUAAAUCAAUAACAUUUGGUCAUGUUAUCUGUGCCACUUCAAGUAUAAAACACGUGCCGUAUGAUAUAUUUUUAUCAUUAAGUCAAAGGUACAUGCAGAAUUAUGUCGAUUGCGGUACAUUAACGUUAAAUUUGGAUCCAUGGAAAGAGAAAUCCGUAGAGGCUUAUUAUUAAAACUGAGGGUUACUUAAAAUGUUGUUAAUAAUAUAGCAAAAUUGUUAUAGAAAUAUUUUAAAGUUUAGCUGUUAAAAAGUAGUUUGAUAUAAUUUCCAUUUCCUUUCGAUAAAAUUAUUAAAAUCAAUAAUCAAUAUGGUAAAAUUGUAUUUUCCCAUCGACUUGUGAUAACAUUACGUUAAUAAAAUAACAUUAAAUUAUAGUGUCUUUAAAGUGUAAAAUAUAUUAUUAUAA